CUUUUUAUUUCAUUCAGGAAGUUCCUUUAUGGAUUUCAUGAAAGAUAGAUUUUUUGGAAGUGUGAUUGACUAUGUAGAUUGUCACAGAAACUUCCGAAAUGAUGUGGAUGAUCUAAAAAAAACAGUGGUAGAUCUAAAACGCAGAAGAAAUGAUAAAGUAGCAGAGCUGCUAACAGUGGAUGACUCGGAAAAAGAAGUUAAAGAAGAAGUGCAGGGAUGGCUUGCAGAUGCGAGGACUGUCAUUGAAAUUGAAAUGCCAGAUAUUGAAGAAGAGGUUCAAAAUGUUCCAUACUUGUCACGGGGUAGCCUUGGAAGACGUGUUCGUCAAAAGAUUCAACAAGUGAGGGAAAUUUAUGAUCGAGGCAAUUUCCUUGAAGGUCUUGUAAUUGAAAGGCCUCCACCUAUUGGAACCAGUUUGUUAGUAGAGAAUUUGGAGGGAGAAGUUGAUGUGAAGGAAAAAAUUUGGGGAUAUUUGCGGGGUCAUGAGGUUGGAAUGAUCGGACUUUGUGGAAUCGGAGGAGUUGGAAAAACCACAAUUAUGAUGCACAUAAAUAAUGAGUUAUUGAAAGAACCUAUUGGCUUUGAUAAGGUCAUUUGGGUAACAGUAUCACAUCCACUCAGUGUUGCAAAAUUACAACAUGACAUUGCUAGGGAACUGGGAAAAUGCCAUUUAGAGAGUGAGGAUGAGCUAAAGUUGGCACCAAAAUUGAUGAAUGUUAUGCAAAGAAUGAAAUUCAUAUUGAUUUUGGAUGAUGUUUGGGAUAAGUUCACUCUCCAAAGAGUUGGAAUCCCAAAACCAACAAGUAGAAAUGGGUGCAAGAUAGUUAUUACUAGUAGAUCGAUUGACAUAUGCAAUUACUUGGGUUGUCAGAUAAUUAAAGUGCCACCUCUUUCAAAAGAAGAGUCUUUCAAUUUGUUUUUAGAUAAGGUGGGGCGAGACGUUCUCCAAAUUCCUAAUUUAGAAGAGAUUUUGAAGCUUGUAGUGGGUGAAUGUGCAGGUUUGCCAUUGGCCAUUGUUGUAAUUGCAAGGAGCAUGAGAGAAGUAAAAGAUAUUUGUGAGUGGAGAAAUGCAUUACGUGAAUUACAUCAAUGUGUGGUGGGCACAGUGAAAGAAGACUCUGCAAUUAACAAAGAACGUCUAAUUGAAGAUUGGAUUGGUGGGGGACUAAUUGAAGAAUUAGGGAGUAGACGAGAAAUGCAUGAUAAAGGGCAUGCUAUUUUAAACAGUCUUGAAAACAAUUCUUUGUUGGAGAAAGCCAAUGAGGAGGGAUAUGUUAAGAUGCAUGAUGUUGUAAGGGCCAUGGCUUUGCGCAUCAACAGCAUUGGUCCACUUAGUUGUAUGGUAAAAGCUUCGAUUGGAUUGACAAAGAUGCCAAACGAGGAUAAAUGGACUGAAGAUCUAGAGAAGGUUUCUCUCAUGAAAAACAACAUAUCAUAUAUUCCCUCAAAGAUGUCCCCAAAAUGCCCCAUGCUCUCAACCUUGAUUUUGAAGGGUAAUAAAAGAUUGAGACUACUACCGGAGUGUUUUUUUGCAAAUAUGCCUGUUCUUAAGUUUCUUGAUCUUUCUUCCACUGGUGUAAAGCAUCUACCUGAUUCCAUAAGUGGCUUGGAAAAUCUUACUGCAUUGAUCCUCCGUGAAUGUAGAAAUUUAGAAUGGAUACCUUCCUUGGCAAAGCUUAAGGCACUGAACAAGCUAGAUCUCUACGAUGCAGGCCUUCUUGUAGUCCCUAAAGGCAUUAAAAUGUUGGUAAAUCUUCACUAUCUUGAUUUAUCUUGCCCACGCCUAGAGGAGCUACCCAAAGGAAUCAUCAGUAACCUCUCUCGCCUCCAAUACCUGCGCAGAGAAUCUAGAGAUUGGAGUUCAACCGAAGAUGCAAUAAGAGGAAAUGAAGUAACGAGACUGAAAAAGUUGGAAACUUUUGAAGGUCGUUUAAAUAGCCUUGAAGACUUCAACAAUUAUGUCAAGUCAAGACAUUUUGAAAGACUCAGUCAUUAUGUGUUUGAAGUGGUAAUGGAACCACGCAAUUAUUUGAUUCUCAGGAAAUUUAACCAAAAUGGUUGUUUCAAAAGGGUGCUCUUAGGACAUUGCAAUAUAGGAGGAGAAGAUAGUUUGGUGCUUCCAGAUGACGUACAGGAUUUAUGGUUUUGGGACUGCAAUAGCGGAAGUGAUAUUUCUGUUUUUCUGAAAAACACAACUCAGUUGCGAAGGUACACUUUGAUGAACUGUGAAGAGAUAGAGUGUGUGGUCUCCUCAUUGUCUUCCUCCACAGCUAUGAAUAGCCUUGAAUCUCUACAUCUUUCUCGCUUGCCCAGCUUGCUUGAUCUUGUGAAAGUGGAAAAUAUUGCUGCAUCACGAGCACCAACAUUCCCUCACAUCUUUUCAACUCUUAAAACAUUUUCUAUAAGCGGUUGCUCAAAAAUGAAGAAUUUGUUUCCAUGUAAGCUUCUGCAGGGCCUCCAAAACCUGGAGAAGAUUAAGGUCAAUGCUUGCAAAGAGAUGGAGGAAAUAAUAGGAUGGGAAGAAGAGGAAGGAAAUCAAACAACUGUUGCAUUCAUUCUUCCGAAGUUGAGGGAAUUGUACUUGGGUAACCUACCAGAAUUGAAGAAAAUUUGCCCCCAAAGCGGGGUAAUGCUUGGUGAUUCUCUCAAUUCCAUUACCAUAUGCAAGUGUCCCAGGUUGAAGAGGAUUCCCCUUUGUCUUGAUGGCAACGGGCAACCAUCUCCUCCUCCUCCUGCUCUUCAAGAAAUCAGAAUAUAUCCAAGAACAUGGUGGGAAUCACUGGAGUGGGACAAUCCUAACGCCAAGAAUGUCCUUCAACCUUUCGUUAAAGAUCAGCGUGUGCCAGGUACUGGGUUAUUCAUUGAGUGUUAGUCUGCUCAGGCUUGAAAUUCAUCAAACAGAUUGAAUACUGUGUUCAAUUUUUAAUGCCCAACCCAGGUAUGUCCUGUUUUAAGGAGCCAAUUUUUUUUCUUUUUUUCUUUUUUGGUUGCUGACUAUUGCAUCCGUAGAACAAUCAAGUGAUUUCUCCCUA